AUGUAUAAAUCUUUGGGCCAAUUGCAAUCAAAGAAGAAGAUAUACGUAGAAGGUGGAAGUAUCAUGGACUAUUGCUUAAUAUGCCUAAAAAGAAAUAAAGAUUUGUACAAACUAGAUGACUAUCCAAAAUGUAAACUGUUUUUAGCAGAUCAUUUCAGUCUAGAGUUUAAUACCAAUGCUUUUGGACAGUUGCCUCUUUCGCUGUGUACAGACUGUAAUGGAAAACUAAGUAAUUGUUGUGAAUUCUUUGAUCAAAUAAGGAAGAGUUUAGCUUUUUGGCAAAGCUACAGCAUAAACUCGGGAAUGAAGAAUGAACAUUCAGACUGUGAAGACAUUGAAGAUGAAAAUUCUGAUGAUGAUGAUGAGAACCCUGAAGACUGGGAUAACAAUAAAGAAUCCAUUAAAAAGGAAGAAUUGUCAGAGGAAGAUAAAAAACUUGUACAGGACACUAUCAGUGAAUAUAAGCAAAAAUUUCAUAUGAAACAGGACUGCAGCUUCUGUGGAUUUGUGGCAGAAAGCAGGAGAGUGCUCAGUGCUCAUAUGGCUACAUCUCACAGUGAUAAGAAAAAUAGUUGGUGCCCAGAAUGUAAUGUUAUUUAUGAAAAUAUAAUUGAUCAUAGGAAGAUUCACCAAAAGAAUGUCUGUCCUCUUUGUUACAAGGAGUUCCAUUCAAAUCACUAUUUGGAACAUCUUCAAGGCCAUACAGAUAAGUACAAAUGUAAGUAUUGCAGUUUAAGUUGUGCAGCAGCUACAAGCCUAAAGAAACACAUGUUAGUCCAUUUGAAGCAGGAUCCAUAUCAGUGUCCAAACUGCGACAAGACAUAUAAGCAUCCAAGUUCCUUUAGUUAUCAUUUGAAGAAACAUGGUCAGUUCACUUGUAUAAAUUGUGAGAAACAUUUUGUGACUGAAAGGGAACUAAUUACGCACCAGUGUGUUUCAAAUAAGAUGGCUUCAGAAGAUAGUGAAAAAAAAUUGUAUAGCAUUCACAAUCAGAGGAUCAAAGAUGAACAGCAGUUAUGCGAUCGUGAUAAAGAAAUACGGGAUCUCUAUAAUAACACUUUUUGCAUAAACUGCAAUAAGAGGGUGAAAAAUCUCGAUAAACACAAUGCUAAUAUUCAUAACAUGAAUGGAAAACCAGAAGUAAAGAAAAAAAAAGUGGAUCUGAAAUGUGGAUAUUGUGAGAAAGUAUUUCUGACGAGACAUAACUAUCGUCUCCACAUCAUGGUACACACUGGUGAAACUCCAUUUAAAUGUCAGUAUUGUGAUAAAAAGGUAGCUAGUUUAAGUCGACUGGUCACUCAUGAGAGGACACAUACAGGGGAAAAGCCCUUCAUUUGUUCUGUAUGCGGGAAAGCCUUUGGACAAAACUCGGCCUUGAACACGCAUAUGAAGCAACACACUGGUAGGCCAGAAGUAUGUCAAAUCUGUAGCAAAACUUUCUGCAGGAAGUCAGAAUUAAAACUGCAUAUGGAUAAACACAUUGGCCUCAAGCCUCAUCUUUGUACUGAAUGUGGUAAAGCAUUUGCACAAAAGAGUCACCUAACUGAUCAUAUGAAAGGUCAUGGGGAAGAGCGUCCUUUUCAGUGUCAGUACUGUGACAAAGCAUUCAAGAAGAAAGUGUUGCUAAAGAGUCAUUUGGAUAUACAUGCAGGUAAAUGUAUAAUAACAGGAUUUCAUUUUAUUCUUGAAUGGAGUGCAAAACUAGUUAUAUACUAUUUUCCACGAUACUUCAGCGUGGCGAAACAUGAUAACAGAUAACAGCUGCGUUCAUUUUCUACACAAUCUCAGAUACGUUUACCUCACUUCAAUUUCAUCAGUUUAUUGCUCGUUCUUUUUAUAAAAACUCAGUUUGGAUGAGGUGAGAUUUCUACCUUGAUCCUCACUUGCUGCGUUUAGGUCAAGUCUAUUUUCAACUCUCCUCACAAUUCUAUUUUUGAUUCAUAUUAGCAAACUGCAAAAAUGCUUAGUAUUGACAGAUAAAUUAUUUUCUGAAGAGCAGCGCAAUGGCAGUCGGUCUUCCUGGAUGCUGGCCAAGCAGAUUGAAAAGAACUUUUCACACAGUAGUCUUCCACCGCUUACAUGUCGGGAUGGAACGAUUGUGGCCGAUUCAAAGGCCAAUGCCGAAGUGCUUGCAGAUCUUUACUGCCAACUCAACCAUGGACGUCCCCCCAACGCCCAAGUGCCGCUGAUUCAAAGGGUUACGUACACUAUGCGGGAAGUAGCAUUCAGCUCUGCUUUCUUUCAUAAUUAAGGUGACAGACAGGUGCAUAAAUCGCGAGCUUCUGGACUACCUCGAACGUCACGGCUUGAUUAGCGACAGGCAGUAUGGCUUUCGGCACCAGCGAUCCUCAGAGGACCUCCUAGCUUACGCCACGCAAUUAUGGAGUAAACUCAUCCAUUCUUAUGGUAUAAAAAGGUUUCAGUGCGACUACUGUCAGUAUUCCUGUUAUAAAGCAUAUAGGCUACGACAACAUCUCAAAUUGCACUUAAGAGAGAACAUCCAAGAACAGGGGCAAGGAGAAGAGCUUAGUACUACAACUCAGCAAUAUUUUGUUGAUGAACAUGCAAAUCAAGAAUAGAUUUUAAAUUCAAACAUAGAAUAAAAAUAUUUAUUUGUAAAUAGAAAAAAUAAAUAUGUAUUAAAUUUUC